GGAAGAGUCGCAAAGUGAGACACCGAGUUCGAUUCUGCUGUUAUCGUUCAGAUUGUGUCGGGUUUGGAGACUGUUUGGCAGUUUAUAAAAAAAAGGCGCAGAGGCUACUAAAGAAUGUGCAGUCUCCAGAGGGGCGGGGCCAAACCUGCUUUGCGACCGGAGCAGGGAGGAAAAGCGGCUUCUGAGCGUAAGUUUUCUACAGUACGCAAUACCUGGAUGCUUCUGCUUUAAUAGAAGUAGAAUUUUUUUUGCCUGUAAAGUAAUCCCCGCUGGUUUUUUUUUUUUUUUUUUUUUUUUGAAGAAGCGGGACAUCGCUUGGGGAUACCGGGAUUCGAACAGGCGACCAGCAGGAGGAGGCAGCGGGUGACAUAAGCAGAGAGACCAGGCGAACAGCUCUGCGCGUCAUGCUCGGCAGCAUCUAGCGCCGCUGCUGAAACCCGGCACAGCCCUGUCGUUCUCCGUCCGCUAGCUGCAGCCUGCAUGGAACAGAGUGUGCUCUUCUAGCCGAGGUUCCAGCAGCUUAUCCCGAAAAAACCCCCCCAACAACAACAACAACCACCAUGAGGACUACCGAGGAGACGGAGGGCUUUGACGGCGAGGCCUCCAACACCUCCAUGAUCUCCGGGGCCAGCAGCCCCUAUCAGCCCACCACCGAGCCCGUCCACGCGCUGAACGUCCUGGGGGGACUGAGAUGCGACCUGGAGUACCUCCGGUCAUACUUUGGCAUCCUGAAAGCUGUGGAAGUGGUCCUGUCUGUCAUUGGUUUCAUCUGCAUAGAAACCGUCAUGAUGUGUGCUCCAUGUGGAGGGGUCUACUUUUUUGAGUUUGUCAGCUGCAGUGCGUCCGUGGUGACGGGAAUUCUCCUCCUGAUUUUCUGCCUCAACAUCCACACCAAAGUCCCACACAUCAACUGGAACCUGACGGACCUGGGGAACACGGCAGUCAGCACGCUGUUUUUUUCUCUGUCAUCUCUGGUGCUGGCCUUCAUCAACUCAAAAACUGGCUCUGAAAUAGCAGCAGUGGUCUUUGGCUUCCUGGUGACAGGUGUGUAUGGAUUAAACACCUUCCUGGCAGUACGGAGGUAUCGCCGGGGCAACGGCAGUCAGGGGGCAGCUCAGGCCAACGACUACAUCCGAGCUCGCACGGCGUCUCGCGGAGAAAUGGAGGCGCGGUCUGAGAUCGCAUGAGAGCCGACUGGCGAACAGCUUCAGAGGGAGAUGCGUUCUGAGAGGCUGACUGUGAUGGACAAGGGUUUAGUGAUUCUGACUUUUAAUCACAUUUUAAAACUCAAGUGACAGCCUGUUAGAGUUGAAGGUGGGCUUAUCAAACUCGGUCUGAAGCAGCGGAAAAGAGCUGUGAGAAAAAACAAAAGAAAAACUGCAGCGUCGGCCCCUUUCUCUGGAGUCUGUGCUGACUCGCUGGAAGGAUUUCUGUCACUGUGAAUGUAGCCCAGCAUUGAAGGAAAGUCAGCUGUUGUACAGUUUUGUCAUGACGUGACUGUGAAGUCUUAGAAAUGUGAUCCCUGAUCACUGGACCAGCAACAUGCAGUAACCUGGAGUGCAAGAAAGGUAACUACACCUCAGCUCCUGCACUCUUUGACCGCCCUACUUGUGAAAAUGAUCUUCUUAAUUUAAGCUUUGUUUUUAGGCAUUUUACCCACUAACAUCUAACUAAUUAUUUCUGCCGUCAAUAUUACAACUUAGAAAAGCUUCUUUUUUUUUUUUUAAAGAAGAGGCUACAGCGCCUUCUACUGGCAACAGAUGUAAGUAUGAGAUUAAAAUCAGCAGUAAGCAUGAACUGCUUUAUGUGGAAAACCAUUUUCAGGGUUUACCAUCUGUUUAAAAACAACUCUAAUUUCCAUUUUCUUGCCGUUGUAUCAUUCACAUCAGUCCAGACUUAAUGUUAAAGCUUUGUUAACUCAUAGGUUCCCUGACACUAAAAACAAAAUUUGAAUAGUUUGUGCACAAAAUGUGAUACAAAAUACAAUUAUAUGGAUUUUCUCUUAGACUCUGUUACAGGGAAUAUCCUCAGGUUUCCUGCAGGGGCUUUAAAUCUUUUGGAAUUUGACACAGACCCCUCCUUAGAGUAAGUUUGUUAAAAGAUGCUCCUUGACCACACCUAAGUUUACCUGUUAAGUUUAUCUUAAACACAAUGGAGUUGACCCCUCCAGAGCGGCCAACACAGCCCAAACUUGCUGUUUCACAUAAAAUCAGUGAACUUUAAAUCAUAUUAUUUUGUGGAAUUCUGGAAAAAGCAGAAUGUUUAGCUGAGAAACUCAGCUAGAAUGUUUCAUUAAAAUCUCCCAGAAACUGAUUCAAAUAUUUGAAUACUUCUUUAAAUGUUUGCAUCUAUUCCCCUUUGCACAAAUUUGAGUCUGUAGAUCAGACUUUCACUCAUUUCUGACUAAAAUGAAGUGAAACAUAAAUACCUUUUUUUUUAAUAUAAUAGCUGAGAUCAAUUGCUCUCGGUCUGGAAAACUGCCUCUCAGGUCCUCCCAUCUGUGAUUCCUUGAAAACAUUUGAGGUUGAAACCACAUGGUGCCUCCAUCUGAAUGCUGUAUUUCAUAUUGCCUUCCUGAUUUUCAGUCAUGACAGGAAUGUUGCAGAACACUGAAUGAGGGCUGGGGGGGGUGGAGAGCGUAGGAAAAGAAACUCGGUACAGUUUGUGUUCACUCUGUUUGUUAGAACAGAUCUGUUUGCAUAUGUACAUAUGCAAUUUGACUGCAGAUGUCAUGUAUUUAAAAAAAAGAAGUGCAUUGCAGCUGCUAUUAAAUCUGAAACAGACUUUAAAGCGGAUUCUUCCCUUCUGAAAUGUUUUUUCUUAAGGCUCAGUAGACUUGUAGCAAAUAAGAAAAUUGAUCUUAUUGUUGUAUAUGAAGAAAGAAAUUUCAUCCCAGAUGUUUUGCAUUGUUUAAAUGUGUAAAACCUUCACUACAGUUGCCAGCAAAGGUAAAAUAACUAAUAAUUGCAGGGUCUUAAUUGCCUCUAGAGCUCCCUCUGCUGGUGGUUAGAGUACUUUAUUUGACCUCAGGCAGCCAGAAAGAUUCAGUUAUAUAUUUAUGAAUAAGACCAUACCAUAUCUUUGAAUUUUUGUAAAAAUAAUAAUAAAUGAUCUGCAGCCUAAUGGGUAGCUUUGCAUUGCUUGAGUAAUCAGGCGUUUCUUGGAUUUGACUUAACUUCCACGUUUCUUUGCUGUCCUCUCGGCCGAAUGACCAAACUAGCUGUAUAAAAAGACAAUCAUCUGUAUUUAUGUUGGUGACCAAAUAAAAUACUCUUGCUUUUGAGUGGUUUUUAAGACACUUUUUCAGAAAGAAAUUCAUACAAGUGCAUAUUUUCUUUUAGGUUGAUAAAUUUGUCAUAUUUUUGUAAAAGAUUUUAAAGCUGAAUUUGUGUUUACGUUACCAUAAAUAUGAAUUCAUGGAGGAAAAUUAAAGGUUAACUUCUAAUUUCCUGAUUCUCCACCUCUCUUUUUUUUUUAAGUUUGAGUGCUUUUUUGUGGUAAUUAUUAAACCAGUCUGACACAU